AUGAGCCGGUUCCUUUUAAGCCAGGAGGCGCUUUUCAACUGCAUGGCUUCGGUGGUCAGCUGUGCGGUGCAAAGACCUUCGAGGCGCCUGGAGCCCAUCGAGCUGAUCGUGAAGUUCAAGAAGUGCGAGAAGCAGCAGUACAAGCUCUUGACCUGCAGCGUCAGCCGGUUCCUUUUAAGCCAGGAGGCGCUUUUCAACUGCAUGGCUUCGGUGGUCAGCUGUGCGGUGCAAAGACCUUCGAGGCGCCUGGAGCCCAUCGAGCUGAUCGUGAAGUUCAAGAAGUGCGAGAAGCAGCAGUACAAGCUCUUGACCGGCAGCGUCAGGCUCAACCACAGCCCGAAUCCGCGUUUUCGGGCCUGCGUCGUCGGUGACGAGCGACACAUCCAAGAAGCCUUGGCCAACCACUUGGACUUCUUGGACUUGCCGGCAAUAAAGGAAAUCAGCAAGAUCCCCGCAGUGGCCAGAGUUAUCGCUCAGAAGUACGACGCGUUCUUGGUGUCAAAGCCUCUCCUCAGCAAGUUCAACGCCUACUUCGGCUACGCCUUGGCGGGCGCGAACAAGGCUCCCCCCUACGGCCUCGCUGGCGAGCAACACGUGAUGACCAGGAUCGAGGAGGCCAAGAACACAGCCAGGAUUCGCAGGAAGCGCAACGAGCUCGUGGUCGCCGUCGGUCACGUGGCCAUGCUGCCCGAGCACCUGAUGCAGAACGUGAAUAGAGUCGUGACGCACCUGACACGCUCGCUGAAACAAAACCCCGACGUUGUCAUCUACUCGCUGUGCAUCAAGAGCCGAUCUGGGCCCAAAGUGAAACUCUGCUGA